AGAUUGGAGACAUGUAUUACUAUUUACUAGCUAAGACUAUUGUACGUGUAAAUCCAAAAAUAUUAUACCAAGAUACAUCUCAGAGAUGCUACUAAUUUUAAUAAAUAGUGUUAUCAAGUAGCCAUCCCCGUAUUUGAUUAUUAAAAUGUGCCUUUGAAAUCCAUAUUCUUAGUUUUAAGCACGUAGACAAUUUACAACGUACGUCAUGGCGGUAGGGUUGAAAACUUGAAAUAGACGUUUGGAUUUGUUUAUUUUGUUAGCCUAAUUAAAUAUAAAGAAUAGAGUAAAUAAUAGCAAAAAUAUUAUUUUACUGGUAUGUUUUUAUCAACUAUUUAUAUAUUUAUCAAAAUAAGAUACUCGUCUGUUUCUAUUUAAUAGUAUGAUGCAUGUAUUUUUAGAUAUGCAUACUUGCAUAGUAACCUUUGAAAAACUCAUUAUUUUAGAUUUUCUUUUUGAAUGGAUUUAAGUAAAUCAAGAAGGUAAUUGGAUUAUUUUCUCUUUUCUUUUUCUUUCUUAAACUAUGUUAUUUCAAGAACUCUAUUUAUUUCGUGUAAUUGGACCGAAUAGAAACGAGUAGAAUCUAGAUGAUGAAUUUAUCAAAUGAAGAAUUUGAUUCCGAUAUUAAUGGACUACCAUGUCCGAACUAUAUAUAGUUAACAUUUAUCCUCCCUAUUAUAUUCUGGUGUGGUCUUACGCCACUAAUAAACUAUAUUAUUUUGGCCAGACCAGUUGAUUAAUUUCUUUCACCUUAUUCCAAGAGAGAAAACAGCGGACCGGAUUCUAAGUAAUUUGCUUAUAAAUUUAUUUAAUAAUUUGAAUGAUAGUGUGAUUUCGCCUCGUUUUAAUAUGAAAAAAGUUUCCUGAUUCUAAGUAAAUUGGUUUAUUUGUCUUACUAUAACUGCGGAAACAAAGGAACCAAAAUUUUGUAAAAAGGGACAAUUUGAGAUGAAUAUGCAUUUUAUUUAAAUGGCUCAAAGAAACAAGUUUCCUGCAAUCAAUAAUUUUAUCCUCAAAAACUAAACCAACUCCCUUUUGACAAAUAUUUUCUUUUAUCAUGAAUCAGUGUUGAACUUGAAAUGGAGAAAAUACAUCACCAUUUAGCAGCAAGAGUUGACAGAAAGACCAAUGCCUUUGUGUAUUCAUAGGAUAGAUUUCUACCUAACAAAAGUCGUAAAUAUAGAUGUUGAAAUUUUAGUAAAGGUUGUUCAAUGUUUUUGAAAGACAAACCACGUGAUAAAAGUCGUGGAAGAAAAAUAGAAGCAAAAUGUUUGAACUUUAGAAGGCUUGAUUAUUAGGUUUGGUGUCUCUAACAUUAUAAUAAGACAACAAUUAAACAAGUACGUAGGGAUGCGAUUUAGUAGCCAAAUUAGCAUAUGUCACUCCUCAGUGUCCAAAUCAUCUGGUUUAACCAAACCAGAAAAAAUAUUAUUCAAAAACCAAGUUGAAAAGUCAAACAAACCAGAAAAUGUUGAACCAAACUUUCGAUUGAUAAAUUUACUAUUACCAACAACCUAACCGGCUACCAAUAUGUUUGAUUUGGUAUACUUUUCCAAGUUUGAAAUUUAAACUAUGUUUGGUCCACAACUGCUAAAUUUAGCUGCCGUCUGCUCCAAACAAUCAAACAUUAUGCUCGGACUAUAGUCUUAACUCUUAUCUUUUCCUCAUUGAUGGCUUUAAUUUUUUUCUUUCUUUCAAAACAUACACAUACAACUGAACGCUCAAAAAACCAGUUGGGGAACUUCCUGGGAAGCAGCCUAUAUUCAAUCACCACGUUCUGUUGAAUUCAAAACUUCAUUCAAACUUUGCAUCUAAUCGAACACUACUAUAUAAGUAAAUACUUAUAAAUCCAUAAACACUAACAACAAGUUUCAUUAUCUAAUAAAGAGAGUCAGAGAGAGAGAGAGAAAAGGAGUGAGUUAAACUGUCUUCAAAUAUAAUGGUGAACAAAGGUGUUCUAGGUUCGAUUCUGUUCGUGAUGUUGGUUGGUUCGGUUCUUGUUGAGACUCGUCCGCUUGAUCUAACUAAGACUGGAGAGAAGAAGCUCGUAGCUGGCUUCUUUGAUGGCUUGUCACUUGGUUCGAUCAAAGGCUCAGGUCCUAGUCCAGGCAAGGGUCAUAAUUUCGUGGACCGGAGCGAUACGUUUCAGUUUGAUAAGCACUCCGGCCCAAGCCCAAGCGGACCCGGUCACUAAUUAUUCAAAUCUUUAGUUCAUACCGGGACGGUUUAAGAGUACUACAUCCACGUCUAGGUCCAAAACAUUAUUUCAUUUUUAUUACAUUUUUACAUAGAAAGAAGAGAGGGAAAAAUCGAGAAGAGAAUGUCUUAAUAUUUUCCUGUCAAUAGAAUUAUCGUUUGUAAGUUAUUUAAUUCUAUUUGAUAAUGUACAAUGUGAACUUUGAUUCUGAUCAAUAUGACUUUUAAUUUAAUAAUAAACAUUACAAAGUGAAUAUGAUUAUAUUGUCUAAAUUACUGAAAAAUCACAUUUUUAAAUUAUUUAUAAUAAAAUUUUGAAACUAAUUUACGUUUUCAUCAUAUAAAUAAUAUAACCUAUUCAUUUCUAGUAAAAUGUAUUUACUUUUCUGAAAAUAUUUCAUUUAGUUAUUUAAAAAAGAGAUUUAAGACAUUAUAUUCAAAAUGGGCGAUAAAGAUAUUCAAAAACAUUAAGAGACUAAAAUCAGACAUUGUAAAAAAUUAAGGGACUGAAAUAGAAAACAAUUUAAUUACAACAGUACCAGAGAAUGGAAAGCUCGUCGAAGGAAGAGGCGGAGACACAACCAGUGGUGGCACAUCGCCUUCCAAUGACGGCAGAUUCUUCUCCAAAAGCGAGCGUGUACGUGUCUAAGCAAUAAAUAUGUGUUAUUUAUCCACAUAUCCAAUUAGGAUCUCUUAUUUAUUUUUUAAUAUUUUUAAACAAUAAAUAAGUGUUAAGAGACUCCGUUAAGAGACCCGAUCAUUUAUGUCCUCCAUUGCAAGUUUCUUAUUUAAGAGUUCUUAAAAAUUAUUAAAUAUUUUUUGUUUAAAAUUACAAAUUUUUUUAUUAAAUAAAACAUAGUAAAAGAGAUUGAAAUGAAUCAGAGGAACAACAAUGGUUUAGAGGUAUUCCAAUUGUUGUUGUGGCCAUAACCAAAACUCUGAUCCUGGUAGCCACCAGAAGAAUGGUUUAGAGGUAGAACAAUCAACCAAAAAAAUCCAACUCAAAACCACUGAAGUCAAUAGUCCCAUGUACCAGUGUAUCACUCACAUGGAAGGUGAAAAGAAUGUUAUUUGAACAGGGAAGAGACUGAUUCCCAUAGAGAGAAAAUCAAGAGGGAAAAAAAAGAGAGAUAAAACAGGAAAUACCUUUUCAAGGUGUUGGCUAGGAUCAUGUUGCCCUCUUCGAUAAGCGAUAAGCUGAGCCAGUUCAAAUAGUGGCUGACCCUCAAGGAAAAUCUCUGCUAUCACACACCUGAAGCAUGAAUAUGAAACUAUUACAAUAUGUUAUCAACUCAAAUGUAAGGUAAGAAAAUGAUGUAUCUUGAAAGUAUGUGGGUUUGAACCAACAGAAGUUUCUUUAUCUUGCUUUACUAAUACAAGGAUUGAACAGAUAAGAGUGAUGUAAAACAGAAGCCUCACCCAACAGAAAAUAUAUCCAUGGAUGGCUUUAAUGGAGCAUCUUGUACUACUUGGGUCUCACCUCCAUGCUCAUCUAAUCUCUGUAAUUAAGCAACAAUAUCUGCUUAAACAUGUAAAAAGAAGGGACAAAACAUUGAUAGUGACUCUAUAGUACGGUCUCAGCAGAGGUGCAAUAAGAACAAUAAGACAGAUCUACAUCAAUCAGAUAAAAGGAAUAAAUAUUGAUAACGGUUCUAUAAUACCUCUGGAGCCAGAUAACAAAGCCUUCCUUCACUUGUGUCAAAAAAAGGAGGAAGUCUGAAGGGGGUGGGGUCAUCAUACGGAAUAUAAGUGGGUUUAAAGGAUGCAAAAUCAGUAAGGUAAAAACAGUGAAAAGUCACACGAAUCACAAUUCAGUUCAGCAUCAUGAAGAUCAAAUGCGCUCAGACUAUUAAAAGCUUACCAUGACAAUAUGACAUAUACCCUUCGCAUGACACUGCUUCAAAGCAAGAAGUAAGGAGCCAAGGCAAACAAACUCUCUCUCUCUAGCUUUUGCAAAUCAAGAUUGGUUAUUACAUGAUGAUGUAUCAACAUUCAAUUAACACCAGUUUCAAAAAAAAAAACAUUCAAUUAACAGGUUCAAAAAGUGGAGCUUCGGAAGGAGUGGAA